AUGAGCAGUUUCUUGCCUGGUCGGCUUCCAAGCCUUGCCGAAUUUGAUGCAGGCGUCCAAUGGCUCACAAAGCGGAAAAAGCCUCUGCGCCGCGGUCGUUCCCUAGCGCAUGGGAAAAGGUACACAGUCGAGCAGUCCGACUUCAUUAUCUAUGCCCGUCACGAGAUGAAGUGGUCUUGGAACAAAGUCAGAGACGCCUUUGCGAUGACCUUCCGGCAGGAACGAACUGUUCCUUGCCUCCAAGGGUGCUACUACCGGACUAACAUGCAUAUCCCUAUGUGGGACGCCGAGGGUUUCCUUCUCUUCGGCGAGAGAGACGCCACGAAACCUUUGCAAUUCAAUCUCAAAGGCGCGCAAGCGCCGCCGGAUGAUGACGUCGGCCUCGCACGUCGGCAUCCGGAGAGGGCUGCCUUGUACAGCUGGGUUGAUCCUUCGGUGCAAAGCCAGGCGCGCGCUUGGGCGAUGAAACGACAAGAACAGCUACGGGAACGCGGACAAAGACGGGAGGAUGCC